UUUGUUCUUUUUAUUCAAUCAUGGGCUGAAAACAUGCCAGCAUUAUUUACACGUGUAGUAAACAUUUGAUCAGUAAAUCACUUUGGAUUAAUGUGUUGAAUGUAAACAUGGAUUCACCUUCAUCAGAAAAAAAACUGCAUUUCAAGUUUCUCUUUUUCUAGAUGAUGUGAUUAUGUUAUAUGAUGUUUGUUUCAUUUUGAAUAUCGGAGACCAAAACGAGGCAUCGAGACCUUUUCUCAUUUUCUCAGGUAUUCAUUUUUUCUUCUGCACAGGAAGAACGUGAUUUAUUUUGCAGAGUUUAAACAUAUAUAAAUAUAUAUCAAUAUAAAUCUCAUCAGCUGGAUCUGUUUAACACAAUCAGAUGUUUGAACUUUGAAACCACUGCUAUAGAGAAAGCAAUUCAUCAGGUGAAAAGAGCGCGUGUCGUGUCGUGUUUGCGUCACUGGGGGGCGUCAGAGAGGCGCGUGAAUAAACGUGGCAGUAUCGCAGAUGCCCCUCAGUCACUUACCCCUGAUUCUGCACGAGACGGACACGCGCUUGAUCUGCCGCGCCGCAUUCAUUCAUUUAUUCCUCUCGCUGGUUUAAACUGGACACCGUGGGGAUGAUGGAGAUUAAACUGUGAUGUGGAGAAGACACCACUGCAAGAAAUCUAACGAGGAACACAGAAGAACUAAACCAACCGGUCCUGUCACGCGCUGACUCGAACCCUGACCCGAACCCUGAGCCGUGUGUGUCCAAACAUGCCCGGGGAAGAAUCCGGAUCGGUUCUGUCUUCACAAAGUCAAGCGGACGACGAGAAAGUUUCGCCCAUUGUUUGUGAGGAUGAACCUCCCAGCAGCGGUCGAUAUAUUUUAGACGGACUCGGUUCGAGUCGAUAUUUCAUGAUGGGCGCGACACAGCAAACCCUAGAGAACCCGAACCCGUGCUCCUUCUUUCCCUACACAAGCCAGACCGGAUCCGUGUACUCGGGUUCAGAGGGGUCGAGGUACACGACAUCGCUUCAUUACGGUUCUGUUCUGCCCUCGAGCGGCUUCUGUCAGUCUCUGUGCGCGGGACGCGGUGAGUUCGGCACAGGCUAUCCGUUUGGACACAGUCCCGGUGACACCUACCACUCGUAUCAGGGAAGCGGCUCCGGUAUCGGUCCCGUGUCUCUGUCUGGAGUUGGACUGAGAUCGCAGGUGUAUCUCUGUAACCGGCCGUUAUGGCUGAAAUUUCACCGGCACCAAACCGAGAUGAUCAUCACCAAACAGGGCCGGCGAAUGUUCCCGUUUCUAAGUUUCAAUAUUACCGGUUUAAGCCUCACGACGCAUUAUAGUGUUUUUGUGGAGAUAGUUUUAGCUGAUCCAAACCACUGGAGAUUUCAAGGCGGUAAAUGGGUUACCUGUGGAAAAGCCGACAAUAAUAUGCAAGGAAAUAAAAUUUACAUGCACCCUGAAUCGCCGAACACAGGCGCUCAUUGGAUGAGACAAGAAAUCUCUUUCGGCAAAUUAAAAUUAACAAAUAACAAGGGAGCAAACGCCAAUAAUUCACAGAUGAUUGUUCUGCAGUCUCUACACAAAUACCAGCCGAGACUUCACAUCGCUGAAGUGCCAGACGACGUGACUGAAAACGCCGGAAGAGAAUCGAAGAGUCAGAUCUUCACCUUCCCCGAGAAUCAGUUCAUUGCUGUUACAGCAUACCAAAACACUGAUAUCACUCAGCUCAAGAUUGACCACAAUCCGUUCGCCAAGGGUUUCAGAGACAAUUACGAUUCGAUGUACACCCUCACGGAGCGCGAGAGACUCACACCGUCACCCACAGACCCGCCGCGCGCGCAGAACAUCGUGCCACCGGGCGCGCGCUUCGCCAUGCAGCCCUUCCUGCAGGAGACUCGAACCCAGAGCCGCUUUUACAGCAGCGAGCGGACGAUGACGCAAACGAACGGCGUGCUGUCUCCUGCGGUGGAUGACGCGCAGAGGUGGCUGGUGACGUCAGUGCAACAAACCGGUCCCAGUAAACUGGAACUGGCGGCGUAUGAGGGCGAUUAUUCGAGCUCGCUGCUGCCGUACAGUCUGAAGUCUUUACCGCUGCAAUCUCACUCUCUCGGUUAUUACUCCGAGCCCGCGCUCGCGUCCGUGACCGCAGGCUGCUGGGGGUCGAGAGGGUCCUAUCCCAGAAAAAUGACGUCGGGUCUGCCCUGGUCACCCAGACCCACGGACUUCACCGACGAGCAAACGUCCGAUAAAGAGAAAAGCAGAGAUGAAUUGACAUUUACUCAAACUUCAGCCUGGAUGGAGAGCGCGCCGGCUCUCAAAGCUUUGGACUCGAUGGAACCGAGCAUUUAUUCUGUUGUGUGCAAACGGAGGAAAAUUUCACACAGCGACAACAUCAAAUGUGAAGAUUCGGAGAACUUCAACAAAGAGAGCUUGUCCAGCUCCAGGGCUCUGGGUUAUUACGCGUUUUAUGCCAGUACCUGAAAAACCCACACGAGUGUCUGCGGAAAUACUGCACACCAGCACCGAUUG